CGCGGCGUUGAGAAUCUUUUCCACAAUUCCACGCUCAAUAUAGUUUUGUCCGUGCCAGUAGAAAUCUCUCAAUCUCUCUCCCUCUCUCUCUCUAGAAUUCCUGCUUGCGUCCUCCCAUUUUCUUCUCUCUCCUCCCUCUUUCCUUUCUUUAGUCCUCCCAGUUCUGCUACCAAUCUUUUAGACCUGGAAAAUUCCCCUUUCUUAUGAGCUCUACAAAUUCCCUUUUCCCUUCUUCUUCUCAUCAACAACAAUGGCUGCUGAUGAUGAGAAGAAGAGACAGCCAAAUCAUGUGAUCGAGGGCUCGAUCCCGACGAUCGUGAAGGAGCUCUUCGCCGGCGGCGUCGCCGGUGGGAUCGCCAAGACCGCCGUUGCCCCGCUCGAGAGAGUCAAAAUUCUGUUCCAGACCAGAAAAGAAGAAUUUCAAAGUGUUGGGUUGUUUGGAUCUUUUAGAAAGAUUGCUCAGAAUGAAGGGUUGCUAGGGUUUUACAGGGGAAAUGGAGCAAGUGUUGCUCGAAUAGUACCUUAUGCAGCUUUACACUUUAUGGCUUAUGAGCAAUACCGCCGGUGGGUUAUUCUCGGUUUCCCAAAUAUUGGAAAAGGCCCUGUACUUGAUCUAGUAGCCGGAUCAAUUGCUGGAGGAACUGCUGUCAUAUGCACCUACCCUCUUGAUUUGGUUCGCACUAAAUUAGCUUAUCAGGUUGUUGGAUCAUCUAGGUCAAAGUUCAGAGGAUUAUCCAGCACUGAACAUGUUUAUAAUGGCAUAUUAGAUUGUAUUUCAAAAAUUUACAAAACAAAUGGCAUCAGAGGCCUCUAUCGAGGUGUUGGUCCAACCUUAUAUGGAAUCUUCCCAUACUCUGGACUAAAAUUCUACUUCUAUGAGGAGAUGAAAACCCAUGUUCCUGAAAAUCACAAGAAUGAUGUAAUUGUGAAGCUUGCAUGCGGAUCUAUUGCUGGUUUAUUAGGCCAGACAAUGACCUAUCCCCUUGAUGUUGUGAGGAGACAAAUGCAGGUACAAGCACUCUCAACUUCUAACCAGGAUGUGGCAAAGGGAACAUUGGAAAGCAUUGUGAUGAUUGUUCGAAAUCAAGGUUGGAGACAACUCUUCUCUGGCUUAAGCAUCAACUAUCUGAAGGUAGUUCCAUCUGUGGCCAUUGGCUUUACAGUCUAUGAUACGAUGAAAUCAAUUCUUAAGGUACCAUCUCGAGAUGAAAUUACUAUCCCAGUAGUAACCGAAGAAAGAAGUAGCUCAUCAUCUCUUCAUUCUGGUUGAUCGCCCGCAUACCUAUCAAAAUUUUCAUGUCAACAAAUAACAACCUAUGUUUGUUCACAAUUUCUGCUUCUGAGGGCACAUUCCUCUGUACAUUAUAACCGCCCCUCUCUAUACCCCUUCAUUGUUUUGGGGGAUAUUUUUUGCCCAGAGAAGCCACAAUUUUUUUUCCCCUUCAGUGCUGAUAAAUAAGCCAUCAAUGAUUCUUUGUUGUAUUUGGAUCGAUAUAAAUACUUACUGAAAUUAUGUCGUCAUUAUACACAUGGUAAUCCUUGUACGGCA